AUGCCGCGUCUUGUCUCGGGGAACGUGGACGAACUGUCCGAUAUUGAUGAUUUGGGCCCUAAGGGUCAAGCGGUCGCCACAGAAGGAGACGCAGAGGGUUCUAGCGACAGGCCUGCAGAUACAGAAACCGCAACGAAACCCGACGAGACGAUGACGGAUGCGAGUGAAUCACCCCCAAAUGCGCAGAAUCCGGAAGACAGUGCUUUAGGAGAACAACUACAGAGAUCAGCUGAGGAAAGCCUGAGCGACCCGGAAGGAGAAACCGUUUCGGUCGCGCACCCCGAUGCGACGGAAGACGUCUCUAUGAUUGAUGCGACUUCUGGAGUGGAGAAAGAAGAUGGCCACACCGAACAAGAAGCAGAACAUGGAGAUGUAGGCGCGGAAGAGUCCGAACAAGAGGGCGGGUCCGAAGAGGAUACCUCAAACAGCUCAGGAGACGCAGAUGCAGAUGCAGAUGCAGACGAUGAUGCAGAAUCUGAUGCUAAGUCGUCAGCAUCAGAAUCCAGCGAAGCAGAUGAAGAUGAGGCAAAGGGGCCAUGCGUAUUCUGCAAACGAGCAGGAACUGCGGCUGAAGGAGACGACAAGCCCGGUCUGACUUGCUCUGAAUGCAACAACCGAGCGCAUCUGCAUUGUGCCCGAGAAAACAAGGCGGUGAAAGAAGAAACUGCCACGCAAUGGCAAUGUCCGGAUUGCCUGAAGAAAGCGACGGCGUCAGAAUCCCCAAAGGAGCAGUCUGCGCGGUCCAAGAACUCCGCACCUCGACUGGUUAGAGACCUGUUACCUGUGACGCGGGGCGUGCAGAAGCCGAAUUCUCACUCGAUCUUCGCCCAACCGUUGAUCUCAGAGACUGAAGACGGAGGACGUGCGCUGAGGAAGAGAAAAUCACCCACCCAGGAGCCCGCGACUGUCGAGAAAAGACGCCGAAGAGCUACUCCUCGAGUGUCCGGAAGCGCAGCAAGCACCAUAGAAGUGGACAGCAAAGUGGAAGCUGAGAGAGCGAUUGCGCAUUCGACCAGAAGAUCGAGCCAGAAGAUCUCACGGCCUGUGGCGCGGACGUUGCAACACCGGCCCUUCGAAAAAGCGCCUCCCCAUAAGUUCAUCCUUGCGUUUCGGCUCGAACAGGCGAAGAUUGCAGAGAUCCUCAGCAAACCUCCUCGGCCUGGGCGGCGGAAAGAGAAAAGGGAGAGAAAACGACCUCCGAAGAUCCCUCCGCCCAUUUACCAUACUCCGGCCCCCAAGUUCCCUGCGCUGCCGACGCAACAUCUCAUUUUCCCAUCGGCGUUCACUGACCGCGAGGCUGAACUGAAUGCCAAACCGUACGGUGGCAUUCUCUCGGAAGCAGACGCGGACACGAGUCGGUCGCUCCCGCAACUCAAGGACCGCGAGAUUUUCGAGAUCGCCAGAAAGGAGGCCGAAGAAGAACGACGGAGAACCUCAGCCGCCGCCGAGGCGGAGAUCAACGGAGACACGGCUGCAACGAAGCCCAACCGGACAGUGUCAGGCCCACCUAGCAAGAUCAAAUGCAUCCAGUUCGGAAAGCAUGUCAUCGACACCUUCUACGCGGCUCCAUAUCCGGAAGAAUACUCGCAUGAAUCACGGCUGUUCAUCUGUGAAUUCUGCCUCAAGUACCUCCCUUCGGAGUUCGUCGCGUACCGGCACAAACUGAAAUGCCCGGCCAAACACCCUCCCGGCGACGAGAUCUAUCGGGACGGGACCAUUUCGGUGUGGGAGGUCGACGGUCGCAAGAAGACCGAGUACUGCCAGUGUCUAUGUCUGAUGGCCAAGAUGUUCCUCGGGUCCAAAACCCUGUACUACGAUGUCGAGCCAUUCCUCUUCUACAUCCUGACCGAGUACGACGAGUUCGGGUAUCAUUUUGUGGGAUACUUCAGCAAAGAAAAGCGCCCGGCGAGCCAAAACAACGUCAGCUGCAUCUUGGUCAUGCCCAUCCACCAGCGCAAGGGCUACGCGACUUUCUUGAUCGACUUCUCGUACUUGUUGACCAGAAUAGAGGGCAAAGAAGGAUCGCCAGAAAAGCCUCUUUCCGACAUGGGCCUGACGGCAUAUCGGUCGUACUGGGAUCUCACGAUAUCGAAGCAUUUGCUCGACCUGGGCCUGAAGCCUUUCAGUACCAAGACUCUGAUGGCUAGAACGGGCAUGACGGCAGACGAUGUGAUACAUUCACUCGAGCGACUUUAUGCGUUCACUCGGGAUCCAGUGACCAAAACAUACGCCGUCAGAUACGACAAGAGGCUGUAUGAGCGAAUCGUGGAGGAUUAUGAAUCCAAAAAGCACCGAGUCCUGAAACCAGAAUUCCUCAUCUGGACCCCGUACGUCAUGGGAAGAAGCGAUCAAGCAGCCCUGGAUGGUCAACCGCUCCACUCUCUUGCCCCACGAGAUGACGAGGUCGAAAAGGAGGAAGAAGAGCGGCGGCAGGAGGGCGAAGAAGAAGAAGAGGACGAGGCGACCCGUCAAGCGGAAGCGGCCUUGUCCAAAGCAGGAAACUCGAACUCGAACUCGAACUCGAACUCUCUCGACGAAGCUCCAGACAUCGAAGGCGAACAGCCCGCUCUCUCCCCGCGGUCACGCUCCAAAGCCCCACCGCGACAAGACUCCCUGGCGCAGAACGACACUACCGUCCAAGACGCGUCUCUCGUAGAUGAACAUGGCCACAUCGCUCCUGGACCUCCACCGACGGAUGCCCUUAACGGUACUGUUUCAAGUCAUGUCGCGCACCCGGAGAUCCAAACCAACGGACUGGUCAAUGGCGAGAGCAAAGACGACGAAGAGACUCCAAAACCAACAGCAGUCACGACAUCCAACAAACACGACGGCCCUGCCCAAGAGUCCGAGUCGGAACCGCUGACCGGGUACGCACUUGCAUAUCGCACGCAUGCGAUCCCUCCCGCACGGUUCCAGAUCGACCCGCCCAUCCCCCCAGCCAUGCUCCGCCGGCAGAACACCAAGAAACGGAACCAAUCCGCUGCGUUUGGAAGCCAGAAACCCAACGGCCUAGCCGGUCCCUCCGCGGCACCGGUCGCGGUGCGCAGCUCGCCGCGCAACGCUGCCUUACUGAAUGGCGGUGCGCCAAACGGUCGGUCGAGUCCUUUCGCUUGGCCCGACACGGUCCCAGACACGCCUGUCAGGCGUAGCGGACGAGGGCGGAGAAGUGCCCUGGCGACCGUCGAGACCGCUGGGCUGGACGGCACAACUGAUGACAAGGAUCGUCGGGAAGACCAAGCCCAAAUCGGAGUGGGAGCAGGAGCUGAAGCCGGAGCAGAUGCCGAGGUUGACGAAAAUGAAGAUGCAGAUGGAAACGAAGAUGACAAUGGAGUAGAGGAAGGAGAAGGAGAAGAGUCCGACGCCUCAUCGUCCAGCCAAGAAGACGCCGACAAUGAUGAUGAAGAGGCUUCUGUCGCCGAAGAAGAAGAAGACGACGACGACGACGAUGAUGACGAUGACCCGGAUGUCGAGAUUCCGGAUGAUGACGAUGAAGACGACGAAAGUGAGGAUGAAGAGGACGCAGAUGCUGACGAGGAUGAGGUCGAGGCCGAAGUCGAGCUUGACAAUGCUGAUGCUGACGCUGAUGCCGAUGCCGACGCCGACGAGGAUGAAGACAAUGACGAAGACGAAGAUGAAGACGGGUGA